AUGUGGCUGAUAGACAACACUCCAGCCCCUCAGUAUAUCGGAGAAAAGACCGAUACACACGUGGUAGUCAACAAAUUGGAGCUACCCCACGUGAAGAGGAAUCAUCUGAACACGACAUUCAAGUGUCGUGCCUCCAAUACAAACCUCGUUAGCCCACAAGAGAAGACUGUUAGACUAGAAAUGAACUUGAAGCCGAAUCUGGUGGAGAUAUUAAACAAGCCGGUAACGCUAUCGUCCGAAAGAUACGUCACUCUGACUUGCGUAUCCGAAGGCUCGAGGCCCCCGGCUCAGCUCACCUGGUACAAGGAUAACAGGAAAUUUAAGAGAGGAAAGAUAAAAGAGACAUUCAACGAUACUUGGGCGAGCAGUCAGAUGCAAUUCAUGCCUCUCCCCGAGGACGAUGGAGUUCAACUGAAAUGCCAAGCUGAUAACAACGCUCUACCGGGACAGAGUUUAGAAGAUUCGUUCAAACUUGAUGUAGUCUAUCCCCCCGUGGUGUCUCUAUCUCUAGGGAGUACGCUUAAUCCUCACGAUAUUAAAGAAGGUGAUGACGUGUACUUUGAGUGUUCAGUUCGCGCAAACCCUAGAGAGCACAGGAUAUCGUGGUAUCAUAAUGACAAGCCAGUUCUACACAACGUGGUUUCUGGUAUAAUUGUAAGCACCAAGUCCCUGGUGCUGCAGAAGGUAACAAGGGACCAUGGAGGUGAUUAUUCCUGUCGAGCCACUAAUGCACUUGGUGAAACAGCCAGCCAAUCUACACACCUGAGUAUACAAUAUGCUCCGGUCUGCGCUCAUCCCUCGCCACAAGUAUUAGGAGCACAGCUGGAGGAAUCGCUUCGUGUGCGCUGCUCAGUAACAGCUAAUCCACCUGAUGUCACAUUCUUCUGGCAGUUUAACAACAGUGGCGAAAGCCUCGAUGUAUCACCGUUGAAAUUUGGAACUGCAAAUGGAAGUACGAGCGAGCUGAGUUACAAACCGCAGAGUGAACGAGACUAUGGAACUCUGAGCUGUAGAGGAGCUAACACCGUGGGCAGACAACUAGAACCUUGUGUGUUCCAGAUCGUACCCGCCGCUCGGCCGACCGCUCCUCGCAACUGCUCACUUGAAGCGGGCAACAACACCGUCGAAGGUAGCAGCAGUUGGCUCAGAGUUCGCUGCGUGCCUGGUUACGAUGGCGGCUUACCACAGUACUUUAUGUUGGAAGCACUGGACCCUGUCACUGGGAAGACGAGAUUCAACGGCAGCGUUAGCGAGACUGACGGCCUAGCCAUAUUUAAGCUGGACCUAUCUCAGCUAUCAGCAGCGGGCGAUUCAGGUGCUACAUUUAAUCUCCUCAUCUACGCAAGAAACCUAAAAGGAGAAUCAGAGAAGACUCUGUUGGAAAAUAUUGGGUUUAAUGAUGCCGCUAAAAGAACAGAUGGCAAAAGUGCAAUGGGUGGUGUAUCCUUCGGUCUCGCUGUAGCAGCGGCGCUAGGAGCGACACUUGCAGCAGUCGGUGUAGCUGUUGCUGCACUUUGUGCACGCCGCCGGCGUGCAACUCCUCCCCACAAGCAUCCGCCAGGCGACAUGCUGGAGCUUAGCGACGGUGGGAGAAGAUACGUCGUAGCUUACACUAUUAAACCUUCACCAGAUCUCAAGACGCCUGAACCACAGCCAGAUAUACUCAAUGCGCCAGAUUCAGAAAAUCAGCGUACAGCACCUUCGAUAGAAGAAGCUGAUGAAUGGCCCAGUAUAAAAGAAGUCAGAGGCGAUUGGAGUAAAUCAGGUGCUGUAUUCUCAGCAGAAGACCUAGCACUGUUGGAUUCCGCAGGGCAUCCGCAACAGCUAACUCCAAACAGUGACCUGGUUCCUAACAGUAGACAAGAAGACGUACUCAAUCAAAACCUCCAACCAGUAAUAGGUAGUAAUUUUAGGCCUAACUAUGUAGGAACCAACAGUCCUACCUUAGGGAGCCCUAACUUCGUGUGCCCAAAUGGGAACUUGGGCUCUCCAUUUGGGAGCCAGACAUUAACCCUCAGUGGUCCAACUCUAAGUUCUGGAAGCCUAGCAACUUCUACACUACACAGAACCAAAGGAAAAGGCAACGUCCGAAGAAGGGAACAUGUAUUAGCGGAAAAUCUGCCGGGACCUGAAAGUUGUGUGUAG